CUCCUGGCUGAGGAGGUAGCUCCAGUAGAGCUAUUUUCUCUAAGCCUUCUCACAUUGCUCUGCUCCAUUGGUUCCCUUCCACUCUGGGACAGAAUUCUGACUAGACUAGAGAUAGCAUACCUUUGGCAAGCAGGAUUUUUUCACCUCAUUGAGGUGAGGUCCAACCACUCCAUUGAACCUUUGCCCACUGCCUGAGGACUCCCAGGACAUCCGGACUGGGGGAAGCCCCUGCCAGGGCCUGAGCUGGACUUCUGAACCUUUCAGAAACUCAGAAAGGAGGCCAGAGGGAAAGGAGAAGAGGGGCCUGGCAUGAUGGAGGCCUGUGGGGCCCCAGCAGUGUUGCGAGUGAGGAGGAAGCGAGGAGAGGAGCCCCCUGAGGCACUCUUUGUCCCCUGUAAAAGGCAGAGGAGGGAGGAUGGAGGCGAGGACUGGGGGUCCCCCCCUUCCCUGCCCCUGGGGGAGAACGUCUUCUUCAAGCUGGCGGCUACAGUGUCCUCCCAGCAUGAACCUGUUCCAAAGUAUGUCAGGGAAGCUCUUCACAGACAGAGAGCCACCAGAGCCCUGAAGCCCUCAUGUCAGAGUCAUCAGAGAAUCCAGCAGCAUCUCCUAGCUAGGAAGCAGGGCACCAGGCAGCAAGAGCGCUACCACCUGCUCUCCACACACCGAGCCCCUCCUGCACAGGCACAGGCACAGGCACAGGCACAGGCACAGGCACCCCAGCCUCCUCUAGACCCUGCCCACACCACUCAGGGGCACCAGCUAGACUCUGGUCUUACCACGCCAAAGUCACAAAGACAGCAAGGAGCCACACUUCCCCAGGCACCCUCUGCACAAGGCUUCCACUCAUUUGACAGCGUUCCUCAGGCCGCCUCUGAACAGGAGAAGCCCUCCGCGCCUGACACCUGCUCUCACGACUCUGACCCAGAUGUCAUCCUCUCUCAUGCUGUCAAGCUCAUGCGGGAGCACCUAGCCAUCUCCAAGGAAGCCAAAGGAAGGCAGCAUCGGGAAAGAGAGCAAGAUUAUGUCUAUGACAUUUACUACCUGCACGCACCUCCCCCAGGACCCACUGAGAGCAUCCCCUCUGUGCACAGCUACGGCCACGACUGGGAACUGAUAGCCCCUGACCAGCAAGAACAGGACAUCUAUGCUGAGGACCAGGAGGAAGAGGAGGAUGAAAACAGUGAGAAUCACUGGGGCAACCAGUACCCUGAGGAGCAAGAACCAAGCACGGACACAGACAGCUCCAGGGCCUCUGAUGAACAAUAUGGCAGCCUCAGUGAUGAGGACAGGACUCUCAUCACACCAAGGACAUGCAACAAAUAUGCUGACCAUGUGCUAAAGGAGUUUGACUAUGACUGCUCCCAGGACUUUGAUUCUGACUAAGGACUACACAAACAUUCACCCGGUCCCCAGCAUCAGCCCCCGAGGUGCUCCUCUUUCAAAGCUCCCAACAUGGCCCCCUUCACCUGCUGCCUCACCUCUGGGACACCUGCACUUCUCCACCAUGCUUCAACAAGCA